AUGGCGGACAAGGAGAUCGAACUUCUUGACAAUGUGGAGAUGCGCUUUGCCUUGGCAGACUUGGAAUCCAAAUUCGAGUCCCAGCUCGCAAUUUACCUGGCGCCCGUGCUCCUGAAACUCGACUCACCGCAUGCAUCUGUCAAAACAAAGGUCACGUCAAUAUGUGGACAUGUAAACAAACGAUUAAAGUCAAACCCAGCAAUCAAAAUCCCAAUUGCUGCUGUUUGUGACCUAUGGACAAACACACAAUUGUCCAACUUUGUAAAGAACUUUGCUCUUAUCUAUCUGGAAAUGGGAUUUGCUCGUGCUUCCGAACAAGAGACUCAGCUCCUACUACCCAAACUUAUUCGAGGAAUAUCGACUCGACUACCAUCGCAACAGAUUGUUGCCUUUCAUAUCGCAUUACCAGUAUUGACAAAGAUCAAGGAACCGAGAACAGAACGAGGAGCACCUCCGCCCAUUUCAGAUCCUUUCGAAUUCGAAACAAAUCCUGCAGAUCUCAAGUUCCUUAUUGAUAAAUUCUUGGACGUCAUGUUGUUUAAUAUCGGUCCUCCACCCAAACCACUUGGUGACGAGGCGCCUCUGGUCCCUCCACCACCACCUGGGUUGAGUAAAGCUGCGAUUGACUUUAUGUCAAAUGCUGGUAAAGCUGUGUAUGUCAAAUCAGUUGUAGAGUUGUUAGUUGUCAAGGUCGAAAUCGUCCGAUUCUUGACUUCGGUAUUCGUACCAGACAAGCUGCUCGUGGCUGAACGCUUCCGAGUAUAUUUAGUCGCAUCAUGUGAAACUCAUCAUCAGGUAGUUUCUGCUGGUGAAGAUGCACUGAGGAGACAUGCGAAACCUGAUUUGGAAGAUGAGAAGGUCGUCCAAAGCCUAUACGAACUAUACCAAGGAACGGGACGCGGUAGAAAUAUGCCAGUAAUUCCCGACCCAUCAUUUAGAAUGCCAGCGAAUCCAGCAGUAAAAAGCAAAAUAUUGACAAUUUUCCUCAAAUCUGCAAAAGCGGCUAAUAUAUUCCCAAGCACCAUACAAAUCAUUUUUGACGCUCUAUAUGGAGUAGACGCAAAUCCAAAAUUACGCUCGCUCGGGAUCUCUUUUAUGAUUUGGACGGCCAAAAUGGCUGAAACCAGUAAAAUUCGGCCAGUGGCUCCCAUCAUUAUCUCUGGAUUGUUGAAAUUGAUUGAGCAGGCUCAAGAGGAUUCUGCAGUUCAAGAAGGAGAAACUCUACGUGGCUUUGCGUAUGAAGCCAUGGGCUUGGUGUCGAAAAGAGGUGCUCCUGACCUGUUUGUAGCUGAUACUUCCAUCCUGAUGUCCUUUUUCAAGGCUGUCUCGUUAGAAACGAGAAAUGUUCGAGUGUCUGUUCAAGAUGCUCUAUCUAUGAUGAUUGACGCGUACAAGGAUAUUAUACAUGACGACACCAAACGCUCAGAAUUGGAGGAGAUCAUUUUGUCAAAUAUCGAAAAGAACGAGCCCCAAGCCAGGUAUAUUGCCACUAAAUAUGCUGUAUCGCUCUUCCCAUUCUCGCAUCCACUUUCUCGGUAUAUUGCUCUAGUCGCUUCAGCAGAUUCGAAACUAGAAGUCCGCGAAGAAGGCCGUCGUGGUCUGAAGUUCCCUGAGGCCAUCGCACCAAACGAUACAGUCGAGACAUAUUCCAAACUGUUACCAUCAUUUACUGACAUGGCAUCCCUCUUGAAACGAAUGAGAGGUCGUUCUGGUCAAGGAAUGGUUAGAGCUCCUGGUAUUAAAUACGUUGGGGCCAUGAGUACCGAAUCCUAUAGUCAUGCCUUAGAGUUUUUGCAACGACUAGUUGUUCGACGCAGUGAUCCCACUGCACGAAUAGAUGAUGUUGGUGUUGUGUCUGACGAGGCGGGGGAGAUUGCUGAUGCAUCUACUCGAAUCGCCGUUCGAAAUACUUUGAAGACAUUUUGGGGCGAUGUGAAUACUAUGGAAGUAGAUGGGCGUGAAGGACCAGGAGGUCUCGCGUUGUUUAUUGAUUUGAUUGAGACCGCACUCAAGGCUGAAGAGUCAGAUGCACUACUACAAUCAGUCGCAUCUUCGUGUAUGCUAGAACUGAUUUCACUGGGCCCAUCUACAUUGUCUUCUUCAUAUGGCACCAAAGUCGAUUGGAUCAAAUCAUUCUUGAACUCCAUAAGACCUGAAACACGACAAUCCAUGGCACAUAUGCUCGGAAUAGUUGUAACGGCCUCUAAUUUGGAUCGAAUACCAUCUCUUUUGACGGAAAUGUACAACGCCAUCAAAACCCCACCACGAACGAAUCCGGUAGAAGCACGACAUGGUGCCAUAUUAGCUAUGGGAUACAUAAUUGGUCGUCUGUGGUAUCGCCAUCCGUACACUGCUACUGAUAUCGUCACCAGCAAGCAGAUCAAAACUUGCACUGAAACACUUGCAUCGUUUUUAAAUGAUGGGUCUGCGUUGCUUAUUACAGGUGCUUGUGCAGCUAUUGGUGAAGUUGGAAGAUAUGCACCUCUUUGUCUCGAUGCUCUAGUCAAAGAUGCUAUGGAUACUGAUGUUGAUUGGAGUGUUUCUAAAAUUAUUGAAAAGUUGACUUCUUUAGCCAAGAACAGCAAGGAGACGAAGGUUCAAGAGGCAGCCAUUGCGGCAUUGGGUGAUUUGGCUCUAGGAGACUCGUCUAUACGCUCAACCAUAAUAUCCUUAUUAACCGGCCUCUGCUCUGCUCUAUCCAAACAACCCGAAAUUCACUUUACAGUUGGUGGCUCUCUAGCUAUGAUUGGUGCUGGUUGGCAAUCAACCAAUACUUCAGUCUUUUUGGAUAUCGGUGAUGUAGAAUACCCACCUACAACACCUCCACCAUCCGAUAGAUCAAAAGUUGAGGUUGUUGGUGACGAGACUAUGGACGAAGUCUUGUCUAAAUGCUUUGCUGAAGUUAUGCCUGGUCGGCCUCCUGUUAAUCGAAAGGCUGUCUCUGUAUGGCUGUUGUGUGUGAUUAAGCAUUGUGGACAGCAUUCUCGAGUCAAAGCCAGGUUUGGUGAUAUACAUGCAGCCUUGUCGUCCUUGUUGAAUGAUCGAGAUGAAUUCACACAGGAGGUGGCAUCGAAAGCAAUGGGUCUCGCCUAUGAACUCGCUGAUCCUGAAAUACGUAAAUCAAUGGUUGGAUCACUGAUUAGCACAAUUACGGAAGGGAAACGUAUUGCUGCUCAAUCAGUCACUGCUGAAACUCCGUUGUUUGAGGCUGGCACGAUGGGUUCCACACCCGAUGGUGGCAAUUUGACGACGUACCAGAGUAUUUUAUCUUUGGCGUCUGAUAUGAAUCAGCCAGAACUGGUUUACAAGUUCAUGUCACUUGCGUCUCAUUCUGCAAUGUGGAAUUCGCGACGUGGCGCAAGCAUGGGUUUCGCUAUGGUCAUGGCACAUGCUGAAGAAGACCUCAAACCAUAUCUACCGAAUCUCAUUCCUCGACUUUUCCGAUUCCAAUUUGAUCCUAAUGCAAAAGUCGCUGAUGCUAUGAGGAAUAUUUGGAGGAUUCUAGUCAAAGAUCCUAAGGCUACUAUUACUGAAUAUUUCGUCUUGAUUAUGAAGGAUUUACUCAAGUCGCUUGGUGACAGGUUAUGGAGGACUCGUGAAGCGAGUUGUCUUGCCAUGUCUGAUCUAUUACAAGGUCGUUCUAUCGAGCAACUAGAACCGUACCUUCAAGAGCUUUGGACGAUGUGCUUCCGGGUCCUAGAUGACAUCAAGGAAUCAGUUCGAACUGCAGCAUUUGGCACUUGUAAAGUGUUGACCAAUGUCACCAUAAAAUAUUGUGAUCCUACAGUUGUGAAUCUAAAAGAUGGUCAAAAAGUCAUGGACGCUUGUAUGCCAUUCUUGAUUCAGGGACUUGGAUCCAUGGCUGAAGAAGUGCGUAAAUUUGCACUCAGUACAAUACUCAAGUUGUGUCAAAAGGGUGGUGUCUUGUUGAAGCCUCAUGUGACUGAAAUCACUACCACUUUACUGGAGAGUUUGUCGAGUUUGGAGCCUCAAGUCAUGAACUAUCUGAGCUUCCAUACUGAAAAGUACAACAUUACCCAAGAACAACUAGACUCGUCACGUCUAAGUGCAGCCAAAAUGAGUCCUAUGAUGGAAGCAAUACAGACUUGUGUCGAGCAGAUUGAUGGCAAAGUCCUAGAUGAGUUGAUAGUUAAACUGAAUCAACUGAUACGGAAGGCUGUUGGCUUACCUACAAAGGCUGGUUGUGCCAGAUUCAUUGCAUCUUUGGCAGCUCGAGUGCCUCAAGAACUCAAGCCUCAUGCAGAUAGUCUUCUCAAGGCUCUAAGUGGAGCGAUAUUCGACAAAUCGCCCGCUGUGUCCAAGUCAUAUGCUGUUGCUACUGGUCAUGUUAUCAAACUGGUAUCAGAAGGAUCAUUGGUCAAGUUUAUUCAGCAUUUGAAGAAGCAGUAUUUAGAGGGUGAAGAUGAAGAAACACGAGCUGUUAGUGGCAUUGUGCUUCUCGAAAUGUCCAAACAGGCACAGGAUUUAAUCAAGUCUUAUUUGGGUGAAAUACUACCACUAGCUUAUUAUGGUGGUAGGGACGCCAAUGAUACAAUUAAGGCCGUGUGGAGAGACGUUUGGGAUGAAAACACUGCUGGUGCCGCUUCUGCAUUGCGACUGUAUUUGAACGAGUUGAUGGCCCUACUGACCAAUCUGCUCAAAACAUCACCAUCCUGGCCUACCAAACGACAAGUUGGAGUAACAAUAACCGACAUGUCGAGCUCCAUUUCAACGUCAUUGGUACCUCAGAUGCCAGUCCUGAUACCUGCUCUGCUAGAAGCCUUGUCAGGCAGGACGUGGGACGGAAAAGAGUCAGUGCUAGAAUCUUUAUCGAAUGUUUCAGUGACUUGUAAAGAGUGGUUUGACGGUGAAGGCAAGAGCCAUCUUGAUGAAGUUUCGAAGGUCUUGAUACGUGAGGCCAAAAAGAAUGCCAAACCGUAUAAACGAGUAGCAUUAGAACAACUUGGCAAAGCUUUCGAUGCUCUCAAAAUUGACAAAUUUGAUGAUUUGGCUGAUUAUCUUCUUGAAACUGCCACCAUUGAUGAUGAAGAUGACGACAAGGACAAGAUGGAUGUGGAUGGGUCAUCUCGAGAGAAGCCAUUGGCAUUGUUAGUUAGAGCCAAUGCUUUCAAGGCUCUAGCAGGCUGUUUUCCUGCCGGUGUGGCAUCUACUCAAGCCAAACACGUGGAAGUGUUGGCUCAAUCUCUAGCCAAGUCGAUGGACAACAAUGUCUGGAAUAUACGAUUGGCUGCCAUUGAUGCCACUACCAAAAUAUUGGAAAAGUUGGUAUCUCCACCAAGUGAAGCUAUUGUGGUUGAAUUGAUUCAAGGUUUAUUGAAGCCAAUGGCUGAUAUGAAGUAUGUUGCUCUCAGAGAGUCUGCUUUGAAGGCUCUUUCUACACUGUUUGAACGUGUGAAAGGCAACAUGGCUGAAUCGACACGACAAUUGCUAAUUACUGGCAUUGAUACCAUUCUUGAACGUGAGAAUAUGCCCAGCAUCAAGGAAAAAUUAAUCGAGAUUCGUAAACAAUGUAGUGGAAUGGAUUUAGCAUAA